AAAAACGGUCAUAUAAAAAAAGCGAAGGCGCGUCAUUCGUUUGUUCGCAAACUUGUUCUCUCAGGUCAGAACGAUGGGGACUGUGAACCCAGAGCAAACGCCUCCGCCAAAGAAAGUUAGAUUCGCCGCUACACCCAAGACUCCAGGAACGCCGAGAACGGGGCCGGGCGUUCCGGAGUCCAUGUAUCGGGCGCUGUUGGCGCGGCCGCCGCACGAUCCCGAUGGACUGAUGCGCGAUGUUUGCGCAUUCAUCGAAGUCCGAGUCGGCACCGAGGACGUUUCGUCGACGUUCGAAAACCUGAUGACGCGGCUGGGCGCCACGGUGCGACGCUAUCUUGGCCCCAGCGUGACACACGUCGUGUUCCGCGAGGGUCGCGUGUCCACCCGCAAGCGGGCCCUCCAGCUGGGCAUCCCCAUCGUGGGCCCGCUCUGGGUCGAAGAGUGCCUCGCACAGGACAGGCUGGCAUCUCCAGAGAGGUUCCCAGCACUUGUUUCUGCAGCCUAUGACUGCCCCAUUCUCAGCCGCAAAAUAAGGAAGCCUCGCUCUUGGCGGACCAAGACAGACUCCCCAUCUCCAGUAAGGCGGAAGCAAAGGCCACGUUUACUGGACCUGAGGCACAAUGUACUGCUGGAUGAAGCAGUGCUCUCACCCAGCACGCAACGUUUACAGGACAUUGUUACAAAAGUGAAGGCGCAAGUGCCAAGCACCAUUUUGGGCACUCUGGCUGUCCCAAAGAAGAGCCCACUGUCUCAAGCAUUUUUCAACUCUCCACUGGCAACUCCUGGUAAUACGAUGCGCACAUUAAAGGCACAAGAGCCAUACACCCCACUGAGUAAGCUAGCCACAUUGGGACAAAGCCCACUGACAGAACUGUCUUCAGGAAAGGACCAUAUCAAGAGCCAUAUCAGCCGGCGCAGCUUGGAGGACUUCAGUACGAAUGUGUGCCGGGCAAGGGCUUGUGCCCUGAGCAGGGUUUCUUGGUUGGAAGGCCCAAGCAUUGUCCUGACAGGACUGGAACCAGCUGACCGCGAUACUGUCAGUUCUAUAGUCAAGGCCCUGGGCGGUUUCACCACCGAAGCUGAGGUCACCGAUCGCACCACGCACAUAAUAUGUGGCACUGUGGGUGGAAAGCCACGGCGGACCCUCAGCGUGCUGUUUGCUCUUGCAAGGGGCAGCUGCUGGCUGCUGCCUAUCCAGUGGGCUUACCAAUCCUUAGAGAGUGGCCGCUGGCUGGACGAGGGUGCUUUCGCAUUCAAACGGCCCAAGUUGGCCAUAGGGAAGAAACGGAAGUCAUCGGGGCGCCUGGUGGCACCUGCUCCUCUGCUGGACGGCCAGGGUCCUUUCUACAUUGGCCCAGCCACAGCACCUCCACCCCAGCGCAUGCGAGAUCUGCUACUGCUUCUGGGCGCAGAGGUAUCUCCAUCAUACCUGCGCUGCCAGAUAGCCCUGGGUGACCCACAGCGUGGCCAGUGGCUAUCCCAGAUAACGCACCUCUCCGAGCGCUGGCUCCUUGAUUGUGUCUCUGAACAACAGGUUCUGCCCUAUGACAACUACCUGCUGCAGAAGCCAUCUAGCAGUAGCCAUUGACCAUCACCUAGUCGCCCAAGCACAUCUUUUAUGCACAAAAUUUGUAACUUCAUUCUUUUAGACUUGUGCUUUUAUCGUCAUUUUUAUAGAGGACAACAGCACAUGGCAUCUGUACAUAGUCACAAUUUUCGUACAUAGUCGUAAUGAUGUUGUGUGAAAGCUCCUAGGUUUUUAUUGCCUUGUGGGAAAUGCCUUUUUAUACAGUGGCACCUUUUUACCAUCUUUAAUGAAUUUAUGCGAGUCUUUUGCUUGCAUGUGCACUCUUCAUGACUGUUGGCAACAACAUGCAAGUUCUUGCCCUCUGUACUUGCAGUGUCACAUUAUGAUGACCACCAGUAUUUAUUGCCGAGGUGUGUGCAGCAUGUCUGUGCAAUUCUUUCCAAUUCUGCUGUCCACUAAGAGUCGAAAAGCCAGUACAGCCAAGGACAAAACUAAGCAGACCACAGGACAUCCUCAUUAGCCUGACCAUCCUGGAAUUACGAGAUACAUCAAGAUGGUCUUGCAUCAGGCAGAACGUAGCUUCUUUUGAUUUCGGGAUGUAUGUUGGGCUGUGAGGAAAUUGUUAUCGUGAUACAGUGGAGCCCAAUUAUAAUGAUCAGUUAUAACAAAUUAUUCAUUAUUGUAAACGAAGAAAGCAUGACAGUUAUAAUUUUCAUGCCGUCUGUGUCACAAUCCACUGAAUGGCUCCAUU